AGCAGCCUUUGCCUCGCCUCAGCCUCGCCUAGCUUGCCUGACUGGAAUUUCUGGCCCGUCCCUUCAGGUAGCAGCAGGCCCCGCCUGGGCGGGCUCAGGUAUUGAGGCCAGUGGCGGACCAGAAGGAGACCAGAGGGAGACCCUCAGCCUCGCGCGCAAAAGGAGAAAAGUUUUCCUGGGAGUUGAGGAGAGGAGGAGGACCCGGCGAGAGGCGGAGCGGGGGGCUCCUCUCCUUACUCCCUCCCUCCCUCCUCCUCCCUUGGAGUUGUCAUCCUCACAUUGCAACAGUCCUCGGCAGGGCGAGCAGCGCGGCUGAGGCGAGGCGAGCGCCUUCCUUCCUCCUUCCUUCCUUCUUUCCUUCCUACUUGGCGGAGAUGGGCUCGCGGUGGCUGUCCUGCGGGGCCCUCCCGCUCCUGCUCCUGGCCCUGGCCGCCGCGGACGAGAAGCGAGUUUGUCAAGGAACCAGCAACAGGCUGUCACAGCUUGGAAGUGUGGAAGAUCAUUACAACAGCUUAAAAAGAAUGUAUGAAGACUGUGAAGUGGUACUUGGCAACCUGGAGAUCACUUGUCUGGAACCAAACUAUAAUCUCACUUUCUUGAAGAGCAUACAGGAGGUGGCUGGUUAUGUGCUCAUAGCAUUAAACACAGUGAAAGUUAUUCCUUUGGAGAAUCUCCAGAUAAUCCGAGGAAACACCCUUUAUGAAAAUGCUGCACUCACGAUUUUACUAAAUUACAAUGAAAUCGAGGGCCUCGAAGAACUACCAAUGAGACGUUUAGCAGAAAUUUUAAAUGGAGGUGUUAAAAUAGUUGGUAACCCUUAUCUCUGCAACAUGAAUAAUAUUCUGUGGGAUGACAUUAUAGAAUCAUCCAGAGGUUUUUUGCUGUUUGAUGCUGUUGAAAGAAAAGAUACAUUGCCAGCGAUUAGCAAUAAAACUUGUCUCCCAUGCCAUCCCAACUGUACAAGUGGGCACUGCUGGGGCCCUGACUUUGAAAAUUGCCAAAUAUUAACAAAGAUUGGCUGUGCGGAACAGUGUUCAGGUCGAUGUAAGGGGAAGUUGCCAAGUGACUGUUGCCAUACACAGUGUGCAGCAGGAUGUACAGGCCCUAAAGAGAGUGAUUGCUUGGCAUGCCGCAAAUUUUGGGAUGAUGCAACCUGUAAGGAAUCUUGCCCCCCUUUACAAGUGUAUAAUCCUACAGCCUAUCAGUUGGAAGACAACCCAGAUGGAAAAUACAGUUUUGGAGCCACUUGUGUGAAAAAGUGUCCACAUAACUAUGUUGUAACAGACUACGGCUCAUGUGUCCGGUCAUGUAAUCCAGAUUCCACUGAGGUGGAGGAAAAUGGGAUUAGGAAGUGUAAAAAAUGUGAUGGGCCAUGUAGCAAGGUGUGCAAUGGAGUUGGAGCAGGUAAUCUUACAAAUGCUCUUGCUGUGAAUGGAUCCAACAUUGACUAUUUCAAAAACUGUACCACAAUAAGUGGGGAUCUCAUAUUCCUUCACGUAUCAUUUAAAGGUGAUGUAUAUACACAUACACCUCCUUUAGACCCAAAGAAGUUGGAUAUUUUUCGAACUGUUAAAGAAAUAACAGGGUUUUUGUCAAUCCAGGAUUGGCCUGCAAAUGCCACUGAUCUGAGUGUUUUUGAAAAUCUAAAAGUUAUACGAGGCAGAACAAAACAAAUGGGCCGGUAUGCUCUUGCUAUCAGUUCCUUAGAAAUAAAACACUUGGGUUUACGGUCUCUCAAGGAAAUAAGCGAUGGAGAUGUUGUCAUUAUGAGAAACAAGAACCUGUGCUUUGCCAAUAAAGUGGACUGGACUACACUUUUUGUGACAGAAAAACAGAAUAUAAAAAUUGCCCAAAACAGAAAUGAAAGUGCAUGUGCUGCUGCAAGUCAGGUUUGUGAUCCACUCUGCUCACCUGUGGGCUGCUGGGGCCCAGGGCCCACCCAAUGCUAUUCUUGCCAUCACUACAUUCGUCAACAGGAGUGUGUAAAAGAAUGCAAUGUAAUGCAGGGGGAACCUCGGGAAUUCAUAAAAGAUUCUGAAUGCCUUCAAUGCCAUCCAGAAUGCCUAGUGCAAAAUUCAACUUCAACUUGCGAAGGACCUGGUCCAGGUGACUGCAUCAAAUGUGCCCAUUUAAUAGACGGCCCUCACUGUGUUAAAUCAUGCCCUGCUGGGAUCAUGGGUGAAAAUAAUACUCUAGUCUGGAAAUAUGCAGAUGAAAAUUCAGUGUGCCAGCCAUGUCAUCCAAAUUGUGUUCGUGGGUGCAAAGGACCAGGACUUGAAGGUUGUCCUAUUGGCUCAAAGGUCCCUUCAAUUGCAGCUGGAGUUGUUGGAAGUAUUCUUGGCUUAGUUGUUAUAGCAUUGGGCAUUGGUCUCUAUGUACGCAGGCGUCACAUUGUUCGGAAACGUACUUUGCGCAGGCUGCUUCAAGAAAGAGAGCUUGUUGAGCCUUUGACUCCCAGUGGUGAGGCACCAAACCAAGCUCUCCUAAGGAUUCUAAAGGAAACUGAGUUAAAAAAAGUCAAGGUCCUUGGCUCUGGCGCUUUUGGUACUGUAUUUAAGGGGCUGUGGAUUCCAGAAGGGGAGAAGGUUAAAAUUCCUGUGGCCAUUAAGGAAUUGAGAGAAGCCACGUCCCCCAAAGCCAACAAAGAAAUUCUUGAUGAAGCUUAUGUAAUGGCAAGUGUGGACAACCCCCAUGUGUGCCGUUUGCUGGGAAUUUGCCUCACAUCUACUGUCCAGCUCAUCACACAACUUAUGCCAUAUGGUUGUCUUCUUGAUUAUAUCAGAGAGCACAAGGAUAACAUUGGAUCCCAAUACCUUCUCAAUUGGUGUGUGCAGAUUGCAAAGGGAAUGAAUUAUUUGGAAGAACGCCGUUUAGUACAUCGUGAUUUGGCUGCCAGGAAUGUUCUAGUUAAGACUCCCCAACAUGUAAAGAUUACUGACUUUGGACUGGCCAAAUUGCUUGGUGCAGAAGAAAAGGAGUACCAUGCAGAAGGAGGAAAAGUUCCUAUUAAGUGGAUGGCUUUGGAGUCUAUUCUGCACCGCAUAUAUACCCAUCAAAGUGAUGUUUGGAGUUAUGGUGUCACCGUCUGGGAAUUAAUGACAUUUGGAUCAAAACCAUAUGAUGGCAUCCCAGCCAGUGAAAUUUCCUGUGUCUUAGAAAAGGGGGAGAGGUUGCCCCAGCCUCCAGUUUGUACAAUCGAUGUCUACAUGAUCAUGGUCAAAUGUUGGAUGAUUGAUGCAGAGAGUCGUCCCAAAUUUCGCGAGCUGAUAGCAGAAUUCUCCAAAAUGGCUCGGGACCCACAGCGCUAUUUGGUUAUACAGGGUGAUGAAAGAAUGAACCUACCAAGCCCAACAGACUCAAAAUUUUACCGGAGCCUCAUGGAAGAAGAGGACAUGGAGGACAUUGUGGAUGCAGAUGAAUACCUCAUUCCACACCAAGGAUUUUUCAGCAGCCCAUCAAAUUCUCGGACACCUCUCCUAAGUUCACUGAGUGCUACUAGUGAUAAUUCUGCAGCUGUAACCUGCUUGGAUAUUAACGGGGGAUGUCGAAUGAGAGAAGACAGCUUUAUCCAGCGAUACAGUUCAGACCCAACAAGAAAUUGCCUGGAUGACAGUCUGGAUGAUGGUUUUCUACCUGCUCCAGAAUACAUGAACCAACUGGCGGCCAAAACCCCAUCUGCUCCUGUCAUGCAAACCCCAGUCUACAACAAUUUCUCCCUUCCAAUUGAGCCCAAACAUGCGGUUGAUUCAAACCAUCAGAAUCCCCACAGCACAGCACUGGACAAUCCGGAGUAUCUCAACACAAGUCUCUCUCCUUUUGCGAAUACAAUUUUUGACAGCUCUCCCUUCUUGGGCCAGAAAGACAACCCGCAAAUCAAUCUGGACAAUCCGGAUUACCAGCAUGAUUUCUUGCCGAAUGGGACCAAAUCUAACGGCUUCCCUAAGAUUCCUACAGCUGAGAAUCCAGAAUACCUAAGGGUAGCAACCCCAAAAAGUGACUACAUUCAAGCCUCGGCGUGACCCCUGAGGGAAAGACUGCUUGUGGCACCAGCAACAACACCAGGAAUGGAGGCGACGUUCCUGGCUGCUGUAGAAAGGAAUUCUGAGUAGAUGAAAGAGCAACUGAUGCCAGAAUGUGCAUUUUCUUCAAGGUGUGUUUAUGGAUUUUAACAGGCUUGCUUAGGUACUUGUCUUACCUCUAUCAGUUGGGAAGAUGCAAUGUACAACAAAGAGAUAACACCCAGGAAGUUAGAAGUCAUGGUUGCAUUCAUUCUUUUCUUAACUCGCUAAAGAAUUCUCUCAAUGCAACGCAGCUGCAGCAUCCACUUUAAGUGAUUCAAUGUUCUGUAUUUUGUAAAAUGUACUUCGGAAUUUUUAAAGUCUUUUAUUACAUCAAGACAAUCAGAUACUGAACUGCUUGGUGCCAGGUGGAUCUUUGUUGGAGUUAAGAGACUUUUUUUUUUCAGCAGCACUGACAAGCAUCUGAAGAUCUAAAGAAAAAGUUGUUGGUAUACAUUGGUCCAGCUUUUGAAGGACCAGCUUCAUUUAUUUUUUUGGUAUGCAAAUGAGGAGAAAGGGGUAUUUGGGAGGGAACUGAUUCUGCUUAAGACAUUUCUUAGAGCAACUGAAUCGGACUGAGAGAAUCUGCCUAGCAGAAGAACUCACUUACAGCACUCACUGCCAACUAACCACUACUGUUUGGUCACCAGAACUUCACAGUUUGAAGAUAUUGUCCAGGAAUGCGUAUGAAGUGCACAACAGACUAGCCACUUAAAUGCUCAGUGAAAAUGAAAACAAUGGGUUUGGUUUGUUUAUUCACUUCUCACUUUUUUUCUGGCCCCAUUGCUUUCUCUGGAGCUGUGACAACAGGUCCAAAAUCUUAACUAAAACGCUAUGAAUGGAAAUUCUUAGAUUUUUUUUAAAGGCUUGGUGUUUUGAUUUGAAUAGGGGGGGAAAUGUAAAGAUUGAAAUUUAUCUGAAGUACCUCAGGCAAACCUUACAGAAGUCACCACUUGUUCCAUGUCUUAUUUAUCCUGAACGAGUCAGUACAGGAGAACUUCCCUUUUAUUCAACAGUUAUUGCAAUAAGGGGGAAAAAAUCACACCAAGAUCCAAUCCUAUUGUGAGGAUUCUGUUGGCUUGUAUAUUACAGAUUAUAAACAACACAACCACAUGAAGAAGGCAGGGGCAGAAAUGGAAAUGGGGAUUGAUUAUCUGUAUCUGUUUACUUAAAUUACCACACAAA